AUGGCUUCCUCAAGAUGGGGCUUGACCAGCAGACUGCAGCAGCAGCAGCAGCAGCGCAGCAGGCAGCCAACGCCUGCAGCACCGGCGCGCAGCUCCCCGCCGCUGCACCCACCUGCAGCAGCAGCAGCAGCAGCAGCAGUAGCUGCAGCAGCAGCAACGCUGCCUCUGCUGCGCUUGCGAGGGAGACAGACUCCACGCUCCGCCUUUUGUCUUACCCGCUCGAGCAGCAGCAGCAGCAGCAGCAGCAGCGGCAGGAGGCGCCAGACCCCGCGCAUCCACUGCAGCCAAAUGCUGCAGCAGCUGCAGUGCGACCGCCCGCAGCAGCAGCAGCAGCAGCAGCAAGAGCAGCUGAAAGGAGUGAAGGAAGAGGAGCUGAAGAUAAGCGGCAUCAGCAGCAGAGAAACUUCGGGGGGUUUGCUGCGCUCGAGCAGCAGCAGCAGCAUGGAGUGCUGCCCAGGCGAAGAGGCGGGCCCGUACCUCAGCAGCAGCAGCAGCAGCAGCUGCAGCAGCAGCAGCAGCAGCGAGGAGCUGCAGGACAUCCAGGUGAAGGCUGGGGAGCUGGUUGACAUAUUGCUGCAGGAGUUUGCGAUUUCGGAGCAGCAGCAGCAGCAGGUGCUGCCGGCCCAAGGAGCUGCGAGCCCGGCAGCAGCAGCAGCAGCAACCGCAGCAGCAGCAGCAGCAGCAGCGAGCGCAGCAGCAGCAGCAAAAGUGGACGCAGCAGCUGCUGCAGCAGCUCUGCUGCCCCCAAAUGCUGGCGCACCCCGACGAGUUCAAAAACCCGUCUUCGUUCCUGAAGAUAUACGGCGACCCGCUGUGCUCGCUCAGCAGCAGCAGCAGCAGCAGCAGCAGCAGCAGCAGCAGCUCGCCGCUGCCCAACCGCGCAGGCAACUGGGUCUGCUGCUGCUGCAGCAACGUCAACUUCCCCAGGAGGUUCCGCUGCAACAAAUGUAA